AUGCCGCCACCCCCUCCGCGCCGCGGCGCACCGCCCCGAGCCGCGCCGGGCUGCCUCCUGCCCGGCCCCGCCGCGCUCGACGCCUCCGCCGGCGCCCUCUCGAAGGUCAUCGCCGCCGGCCGCACCAGCGGCGCGCUGCGGCUGUCCGCGCGCGGCCUGGCCGAGGUGCCCGCCGCGGUGUACGACCCUGAGGCGGCUAGCGCGGGCGGCGGCGACACCGCCUGGUGGGAGGUUGCUGAGCUCACGCGCCUGGACCUCAGCCGCAACGAGAUCAGGCAGCUGCCAGCGGACCUCUUCGGACCCACGUGCACCGCGCUCACCAGCCUCGAUGUCAGCCAGAACAAGCUGCGGGAGCUGGCCCCUGGCCUGGCGCAGCUGCAGGAACUGAGGAGCCUCUCAGUCUCAUGCAAUCCCCUCGGCGUCCCCAACGCGGCGCCCGUCGCCCGCGGCAUUGGGGGCGUCGGCGGCACCCACUAUGGCGCGGACGCAGCGGCCGACGCCGGGCCCGGCGGGGGCCUGCCAGAGGAGGCCGCGGCGCUGCCGCAGCUGGCCAGCCUCGCGUGCGCGGACUGCGGGCUGGAGCGCCUGCCGGAGGCUCUGGGGGACGGCCGGGGCCAGCCAGCGCUGGCGCAGUUGUUGGCGGGCGGCAACCGGCUGGCGCGGCUUCCGGCCGGGCUGGCGGGUGCGGCGGCGCUGGUCAGACUCGAGCUGCAGGGAAACCGGCUGUCUGGGCUUGAUGGCCGCAUGGUGGCGGGCUGGGCCAUUCCUGAUGAGAUCGGGCUCCUGUCAAAGCUCCGCAUCCUGCGCGCACGCAACAACCGCCUGUCCGCCCUGCCGGCCGCGCUGGCCGGCUGCGCCUCGCUCGUGGAGCUCCAUGCCGGGUUCAAUGCCAUCAGGGCGCUGCCUGAGGGCCUGGGGGCGUCCAGGACCCUGGCUGUGCUGGAGCUCAGGAACAACCUCAUCACGGACUACCCCGCCGCGCUAUGCGGCCUGCCCCUCACCCUGCUGGACCUCACGUCAAACAGCCUGCGGUCAUUGCCGGCGGAGCUGGGCCUGGCCACCACCCUGCGCAGCAUCCCCCUGGACGGCAACCCCCUCAAGCUCAUACGGCGGGAACUCUGGGCAGGCCCUGUGUCAGCUUUGCUCGAGUUCCUGCGCUCGCGCCUGCCCGACCCUGCAGCCCAGCCGGCCGACGCGCAGGGCGCGCCGCUCACCGCCGCCGGCCUCGCGCGCAGCCGCAGCGGCGCCAGCGGCGGCGGCGCCGCGCUCGUCGGUGGCGCCGUCGGCGGCGGGGUCGGCGGUGGUGGUGGGGCGGAGCUGCUGCUUUACGGGAAGGGGCUGUCCCAGCUUCCACCAGAGCUGCUGGACCCCUCAGUGGCUGAUCUCCUCAUCCGCGUCGACCUCGGCGGCAACCCCCACUUGGGUGCCGCGCUGUGCGGCGGCCUGGGGCCAGCCCUGCCCCCGAUGGCGCGCCUGCGGGCGCUCAGCAUGGGCGGCAGCGGCGUCACAGAGUGGCCCCUCCCGGCGGGCGGCGGCGCGAUGCCCGCCCUGCAGACCAUCGACCUCCGAGGCAACCCGCUGGCGCCCAUCCCGCCGGGCGGCCUCCGCUGCUGCCCCGAGCUGCGGUCUGUAGACCUGUCCGGCGCCCCCGCGGCCGCCGUCGCCGCGAUGCCGCCCGCCCUCCUCGCCGCGGCGCCCAAGCUGGAGGCGGUCAGCCUGGCCAACUGCAGGGCGGCCGCCGCGCCAUGGGAGGCGCUGCGGCGCGCGGCGGCGUCGCUGAGGCGGCUGGACCUGUCGGGCAACAGCCUGGAGGGCCUGCCGGCGCUGGUCUCAGAGUUCACCAGGCUGGAGGAGCUGGACGUGUCCAACAACGCCCUCGCCGCGCUGCCCCCGGAGCUGGGGCUGCUGUCGUCGUCGCGUGGCGGGCGGUUGCGGGCGUUCAUGGUGCAGGGCAACUGCAUCCGGACGAUACGGCGGCCGCUGCUGGAGGGGGGGACGGGGGCGCUCCUGGAUUACCUGGCGUCGAGGCUGUCGGGCCAGUAA